AUGUCCGAGCAGAUCAGCCCCGUCGCGGAGCUGCUUGGGCUCGCAAUCUACCACUUCGAGCGCCUCAAACCCCUUCUACCAACCUACGGACACCUGCUUGCUUCAGCGCUCUUUCCUAUUUGGAUCGGUGCGCAUGCCUCUCUUUCGCGACCCUCCUCCGCCGCCAAACCUCCCAAGAAAGACACCGAGAAGGAUGGAAAUGACAUCGACGAUGACGAGUCAGACGAGGAAUCAGGACCAGUUCAGAAGAUGGAGGGGCUUGAGCCAUCUGACGCUCUGAUGUUUCCGUUGACUGCGGGUCUCACACUGGGUGGCCUGUACCUGGUAAUUAAAUGGCUGGAAGACCCGGCGAUUCUCAACAAGAUCCUCAGUUUCUACUUCUCCCAGAUGGGCGUGUUCUUCGCCAUCGCGUUCCUCAAAGACGCCUUGUUGAUCCUGCGAUCACUUAUCUUCCCGCGAUAUUACCGCUCAGGCGGAAAAGUCUGGCAUGCGAAGCAGUCAGAGCGUAUAUUUGUCGCUCAAUCGGUGGAUAACUCAAAUGAUCCACAACAUGCCCGACACUCCCCUCUCCCGGGAAUACUUGGCACAAUUCCGUUACCAAAAUCAGUGCUAGCAUUGCUGUGGACCUGUCGCAAUGUGUUAUAUCGAAGACUCCGGUUGCAGGCGCGCAUUCGUGGUCUCUUUGAUGCCAAAACUCUCGUGGGCCUCCUCGACCUUAUCAGCGGGAUCUUCGCUCUUAUUGCUGUUGGGUACUUUGCCUUUGUGACAAAGCCUUGGUGGCUCACCAACUUCCUGGGCUUCAGCUUCAGCUACGGGGCGCUGCAGUUCAUGUCUCCGUCUACCUUUUGGACGGGUUCGUUGAUCUUGGGCUCUCUGUUUUUUUAUGACAUCUAUUUUGUCUUUUUCACUCCGUUGAUGGUCACUGUCGCCACGAAAUUGGAUGUACCGAUCAAACUUUUAUUCCCUCGACCACCGAGUCCUGGUCAGGAACCUGACGUUCAGUCGUUGGCUAUGCUGGGCUUGGGAGAUAUUGUCAUUCCUGGCAUGAUGGUUGGAUUGGCCCUGCGUUUCGAUCUGUUCCUUUACUAUAGCCGGAAAGGUGCCCAACAGGCCCGGAUGGAAGGCUCCAGCGAACAGACUGUCAAGCCCCAGUACCAACGAGCGACCGGAUCAUGGGGAGAACGAUUUUGGGCGCCAGCGGUAAAGCCGCUGGAACCGGAGGUCAAUCCUCCCUAUCACGAUGCUCGAUCUUUCCCCAAAGUGUACUUCAAUGCCAGCAUUGUUGGGUAUGUUGUUGGAAUGAUUACUACUCUACUCGCCAUGCAAUAUUCCAACCAUGCCCAGCCCGCACUUCUUUACCUCGUCCCAGGCGUCCUGAUCUCAUUAUGGGGUACUGCAUUCGUCCGCGGUGAGACGGCCAUAAUGUGGGACUUCUCCGAUGCCGAGGAAGAGGAUGAAGAGAAUGAAGAGGGUGAGGACAAGAAGACAAGCUCUGAAACGGCGAAGGGUGACAAUCCUGUCCCCCAGGAGCAGAAGAGCCUUUUCGCUCGUAUCUUUUCUUGUGACUGGAAGUCAUGCACGUCGAGCUCAAAUGAGCUUGUGCAGAAGAAGGCCCAGGUUGAAGAGGACAAGAAUUCGGAGAAUAAAGACGAAAAGCAUCAUGCGGCUGCUGAGGGCAAGAAGUCUGAGGAAUCUGAUUCUGAAAAGCAGCAGGACAAGCACCCUAAACAGGACCUGGAACUAGUCUCGUUUUCGAUAUCGUUCGUGCAGAAGUCUCACAACAAAGCCAAUUCUGAUUUUGCAGGACGCUCUGCCGCAGAAGGAGAUGGGAUGGUGACUAUCCCCGAGACUGGCGAAGGCGAUGAAGAGCCCCCACUGAAGAAAAGGCGCGGGACACCCAGAAAGCCCGGGAUGCAUUGA